CACAGAUGGAGUAACACCCACAUUGAGAGAUAAUUUCCCUUGUUACUUUCCAAGAAAUGAACUUAUCUAUACGCGCUCAAUGUACGAUUCAUAAGUGGAAAUGUGAAAGCUAUAUAUAAGAGUAUAUAGAAGAAAAUUAUUCAAAAUUGUGAAAAACGUACUUAUGAAUCAAUAAGUGCUAUUGAAUGUUGCAAGAUCACUGAUGAUGUGGAUAACUGUGAUUUUAUUGCUGCAUCUAUAUGAUGUCACGUACGGGAACCCGUGCAAUGCAACAUGUCAGUGCACAUCUACCGUAGCAACAUGUUUGAACAAUAGUUUGACUGCAGUUCCGAACAAUCUGCCGAUGAAUCUUUCCAGCCUCGAGAUCAACUACAACAACAUCACGGAGUUGACCAAAUCCCCCAAUAUGCCAUCUGGUCUUCUACUGUUGGACUUAUCAUUCAAUAAUAUCGAAUCUAUAGCAUAUAACACUUUCCGGCCCGUAAAGUCCUUGGAAAUGGUCAUACUUUCACAUAAUGAAAUCAAAAUAAUCGAGGAUCGGACUUUUUAUCCAUUGAGGAAGUUAACGAUUUUGGAUCUGAGUUAUAAUCAUCUUGUUGAACUCAAGUCUAAUAUUUUUGCUAAUUCAAAAUACGUUACUAGACUUGAAGUCAGUAAUAAUGAGAUAUCGAAAAUUGGGAAGACGACUUUCAAAAAAUUGAGAAAACUGAUUGAGUUAAACCUCAGUCACAAUCCAUUAGCCAUACUGGACUUUCAUAUCCCGCUAAAACUUGGAUUAUUCAAUUGUUCUCACUGUAAGCUAUCUCAACUGCCAAGAGAAGUAAACUACUUGCCAAAGGGGAUAACAAAGUUAGAUUUCAGUCACAACCGAUUUACAACGUUCCCAGCAAAAGUCAUUCAACGAUUCACCAAUAUUUCUUUGAUCAACAUAAUUUACAACACUUUUCAGUGUGAUGAACGUAUCAUGGAAUUGAAGGAGAUCAUACAAAAACGUUCCACUUUAUUCAUCGGGCCUAUGUACUGUACUGGUCCUUCUGGUUGGAAUGGGACGACACUUAGACGGUACAGCCCAAACAGACAAACUGGUGAUAAUGAAUUGACCACAAAGAGUUGGAUGAGAAUGAAAAGAUUUAACGAGACCACUACUAUAGAACAAAGUACGAGUUUCAUUGAAGAAGAACUACAAACAGAGUCUGAUAUCACACAACCAAAUACGAAUGCGUUUGAUGGGACGACACCUACAAUACAAACGUACUCCAUGACAAGAACGACAACAAUAGGUAGCAAACCGAUCCAUGUACUGUAUACAACUUAUCAUACCAUUGAAGAAAAGAUCACAAAGGAGACUGCUAAUACACGACCAAAAGUAAAGCCAUCUGAUAUGACAACAUCUGCGAUAUCAACAACAGCGGUAACAGCAAUGAAAACAACUGUAAAUCGCGACCGUGUAGGCAAUACUGAUGUCCCGGCUACUCACGUCACUUUCAAUGAUCAUUCACCAGUUUCACCUUAUAGAGAUGACUCGACAACAUCGCAGAUUAGAGUAUCUACAAAAGGUGUGGAGGAACAUGGUUUCGAAGAGUCUAGUGGUGAGAUGGAGUUAACUACUGGGAUAUUCAUACCCGUGAUUACAGAAUCAGCAGAGGAUGUAAUCACAGAGAAUGUAAACGUUUCGGAAAGUUAUUUUAACACUGUACGAACAACCAAGCAAGUAGAUACAAUCCCAACUGAUACAGCUAUGGACGCGAUUGAUGUUGAAGAAAACGCAACUGGAGUGUCAAUCGAAUCUGAUUUUGGCAUUUCCGAAAGAAAUGAUAAUUUCCUUGAAUUAUUGGGGAUUGUCGUAGCAAUUACAGUUGCAAUAUGCAUUUGUGUCAUCGUUAUUGCAUCCUGCUUUUCCUACUGUUUGUGUAUGAGAAGACACCAGGGUAAAGCUAUUCUAGAACAAAACCCUGACAACGUCAUGUACGUUAUACCUUGGAACGAAUCUUUGGAUAGUAUAAUAACUAGAAGUGUUUAUCUGAGGAGCAAAGCUUUGGAUAGCGGUACGAAUGAAGAUCCAACAAUAGGGACGUUAGUGUAGAAAUUACAAUCGAUGCGGUCGUAAAAACAUUAUAAAUUGACAAUCAUAUUCAAACUCCAAACGUUCGGUUACCCGAUCACGUCCCAUUGGAUAGCGUAUUAAAAUUAUGUUCACGUUUGUAUUCGGAUUUAUCCCAUACUUAGUAGUGUUAUAGGUAAAUAACAUGCAGGAAUAUAAUCGAUAUCUGAGGUGAGCGAGUGAUAUAUAUAUCUCCCGCUGAGG